AUGUUUUUCCUCAAAGAAGAGACCAAGGUCAUCGCCAUGCACCCGUCCUAUUUCGGACCAAACAUGCGAGAAUACCUGAUCGGUCGUCUUAAUGAGGAGGAGGAAGGUCGCUGUACCGGUGAUCACUUUGUGAUCUGUGUUAUGGACAUGGUUGAUAUUGGCGAGGGGCGGGUGAUGCCUGGUAUCGGUCAGGCGGAAUACACGAUCAGAUACCGUGCGAUCAUUUGGAAGCCAUUCCGUGGCGAGACGGUGGAUGCCAUUGUUACCUCCGUUAAGCCCACGGGUAUCUUCACCCUGGCAGGCCCGUUAUCUGUCUUCAUUGCGCGAAAGAACAUUCCCAGUGAUAUUAAAUGGGAACCCAAUACCGUGCCGCCACAGUACACCGACCAUGCCGACCAAGUGAUUGAGAAAGGAACCAGUCUGCGGCUGAAGAUUCUCGGUGUUAAACCCGACGUGGCCGCGAUCAAUGCCAUUGGUACUAUCAAGGAGGAUUAUCUUGGACCUUUGUAA